UCACAGUUCAUUAGGAAAUCGUGUUUUAUGUCAUAAACUGCAUAAGAGUCAUCUGCUACUGCUGUACUGUAGUAGCUCCAUUUGGGCCGUUUACCUCAGAGCAGGGCGGCACAGAUUCUUUUUAGGAGUAAACUUAGGCUCACACCAGCACUCCGCCCCCCUCACUUAGGCUCUCAUUGCUGACUGGGACGAGUCCGAGGAGGUACAGACCUACUUGGUGCAGCUUAGUACUGAAGAAUUUCCACAGAAUGCAACACUGAAUAGUUUUGGUUUAAUUUUUCUUUUCUACCUGUAAAGAAACUUUUGCAUUUCACGUUCUCCGUUUCGGCUGGAGUAAUUAGUGGUAAAGUGAGUGUAACUUUUGGCAAAGUUCGUCUCGCUGGGAGAAGAUAAAGUCUGAACUCACGUUUGAGUCCAUUGCUGAGGCUGAUUCACGGUACAAUGGAUCUUGUGGUGUUGGUCGCUUUCAGCUCCUGGCUGACUCCUGCACUCGGAUCGGCUUUUGGCAGGGAAGUGUUAGCUUCAGCGGCAGAUAAGGACAAAGACUAUGACAGUGCUUUUCAUUACGAUUAUGAAUCUCUGAGAAUCGGUGGCUUGGUUUUCGCAGUGGUACUAUUCCUCCUGGGUAUCGCCCUCAUUGUCAGCCGAAAAUGUAGCUGCUCAAAGAGUGACAAGUCAAGACCAAGGGGUCCUGAUGUGGAAUCAGGUGUUCCAAGGGCUUAGGAGAUGCGUAGAUAAGGAGCAGUGGACAUCUGUGUUACUGACCGGCCAUUAGGUGGCAGCAAAUCCUUUGAUCACAGCUGAGGACAAUCUUUCUAUGAACACAUGAAACUUCGUUCAAUUUCACAAUGAUGCUUAUUUUAUUUUAUUUUUUUAAAAUGUUUUUAUCAUCAAUAACUUUUACUAAAUAAUGUGCCAACUUUAUAUGGUGACAGUAAUGUGAUUAUCAUUUGUAUUUUUUUGACUUUCAGAUUGAUGCAAAACAAAUAAACAAAACGUGUUUGAACAAAACGUUUCUUUCCCUCAUGCGUCAUUAUUUGGUUUUCUCUGCCAUUAGAAGUGGACCAGUGAACAGCCCUCUGUAAUGCUGCAUCCCUGCUUCUGCUGACGCUGCAGUCAGUGCUGCUACACCUCUAGUAGUAACUUGCAACACUGAGAGUGUGAAUGAUUUAUGUGCUGCAUUAUGCGGCUCUUGCAGAAGGCUGUCUUUAAGGGAACACUUAAUUUUACCUAUCUCUGUAUGCAGUGCUGUUCACUUGCAGAUUUUCCUUCAGUGUGAGUCUGGCAGCCUCUGUGAAUUUAAAAAGCUGUGCAUGCAGGCUGUAUUUUCUCCCUGGAGUUGCAGGAGCGGGUUGACUGCACUGCACAAAAGACAGCACCCGAGACAGAAAAUGGUGCAUUCUGGACAUGCAAGCUCACUUGUAUGUCAUUUAAAAAGUAGCAUAUGUUGAGUACAAUAAGUAAGAAAUUGCCAGGAAACUUGGAAGAAAAGCCACAUCCUUAAAUAUGUCUCACCCAUGAAGUAACAACCCCUCCAUGUGCUCAUUUGUGACUGUGGUAUGCAUUAGGUUUGAAAGGAUUCCUCGUUUAGUCUUACAUUCUUUGUAGGAAGAUUACAUUAGCUGUGUACCUUACUAUUUACCCUAACUUUGGGCUACUGUGGUGACCCACUAUCCACUAUUCUUCACCCUCUGGCAGUUUUGUCACAGAUCUACCACUGUGAAUGCAGUGAUUCGCUGCGACCACCAGAGGGUCCCUGCUGAGUUCACUGCUGAAACUGUUCUGCCAGCUGUCCUGUACAGCUGUAUCCAACCUUAAACCGCAACCCAGCAACCUCAGACAUAUCUGGGAGACAGAGCUCUUCCACAUCUCUUCAACUCGUCAGUGAAGCCAUGGCCACCACAGGUUUGAUUAUUUAUUUCUUAUCUUUUUGCAUUGUUAAGGGUAUAAUAAUAAAUGGUUAUGAACUCUACAGAUUAUCCUCAGUUGGAAAAAAAAUUAACCUAAUUUAUGUCCGAUUAUUAUGUGAUAUAAUUUGGAGUAAUAACAUGUGCUGUUGUAUUUUCCUACAAAUCUGUAUGCAGGUAGUUACCCUGCUGCAUUGUUGCCACAGUGCCAAUUUACUGCUGAUGCACCAUGGAUCAGUGUUGUAACAAAGGAAGUUCUUUAGCAUAAAUUAUACUCCUUACUGGGAUGAACAAGUAAACAACACUAAGGAUGUUAAGCACUUGUUCCUCUCAAACCGAGCAGCCUUUGUGGCACAGAGAAAACAGUGCUGAAGAUAUUUAAACUGCCAGCUCAGCCACUUGGGAGUGAGGACUCAGCAACAUGCAAGCUGCAUUAUUGAUGCUUGAUAUCCUAACAACCAGGCACAGGCUGUAGCACAAAAUGUACUAAGAUUUGGAAAAUAAAUCACUGCAUUGGUCAAAAGUAGGAAUUGUAAGUUUUACAGUUUUACCUUACAAUUGCUUAAACACAGCUAUUACUUCUAGUAUCUCUUUAAAUCCCCAAAUUUCAACACUUUUUACUAUUCAAGCUGUGGUUUUUCUCCCUCUGUUCUGCUGCUGGCUUGUAACCCACUUCUUCAUGGUGCAUCUUUUUCUGCUGAGCAAAGAUGCUGCAUUGAGCUCCUCUCAGUGGAAAAAAAUAAAUCCUCCUGAGGAGUUGUGUAGCCAAGCCUGCAGACCUGAGGAGCUGCAAACCUUGCUGUCCAUUGUGCUGGACUGAACAGACGGCCUUAAAGCUUAUUUCUUUCUUUGGUGCUGCAGUAAAUUUCAAGAAUUUCCCUUCAGGGAUAAAUAAAGGAAUUCUGAUUCUGAAAUUUAACAUCAGCAUUUAUUAGGCUUUAUAUCUGACUAGACUCUUUCUUUGCAGAAACUAUGUUUCCAGACCGAAGUGACUUUGAUUACGUUCCAGCUCAUCUGGUACCCAAAUUCCAAAGACAGAAGUACCUCCUCAAACUGUAUAGAAAAUGUAGCAUAUACUUGAAAGAGAGGAGGUCGUCGCAGGAGCCACGCCAGCGUAUCCACACCAUAGCCGUUCCUCUUAUGGCUAAUAUACCUCUGCCAACUGGAUCAUACAGGAACAGGUUUCCCUAACCUGGUUUUAUUUAGCCUCCCAUUGAAUUCUGUAAAAAGUCUUAAGUGAGCGAAAUAUCUCCUGAUAUCUGUAGCCUUCUCUGUAUUGCACAAAAGCUUGUAUAAGACAAAACAACGACAAUAAAAAGAAAAACAACAGCAAAAAAUAAAACUCCCAACCAUGAAAAA